CCAUCAUCUUUAUGUUCUUCUAACCUUUGCAAGCAUGAAAUAGAGCCAUUGAACCUAGUUCUCCCUUUUGUCCCAGUGCUGGCAGUCUCUGCAUCUGGCCCUCUGCCCCUGGCACCUCUCUGGAACCUCUCAUUUCCCCUCUGCUUGCCUCAGCAGUUCAUGUACCAGCCCACCUGAGAAGCCUCUUGAGGCCUCUGGCAGCUUGUACCCCCCAAUUCCCACCACCAUCUGUGAAGUAUAAAUUAAGCCUGCUCAAUGCAGUGCCAUGCCCCUUGCCAAAUAGCUGGGUAGUCCCAUGGGCUCAGACCCAUAGACAGCCAUCUGCCUGUGUUGUGACUGGAAGGACUCAAUUUGUUUGUCAGGGUCACCUCUGCCAGGGGCCUGGGAAGUGGCCCCUCUACUCUCAGGCCUUUAUAAAUAGACUCUCAGCCCUUCAGCGACGCAUUCCAUUUUCCUUCGACCAAAAUCAUUGCUUUCCAAACAGCUAAUGCUGGUGGCUACCAUUUCUCCCAGCCUGCUGUAUCCCUCAUUUACCACACAAACCGGGGAUUUCUGACUCAGAGCCCAAGGGGUUGGGGGCAUGGAAAUGACAUCAAUUUAAAGCUAUGAAACUCCUUUGGCACCAUUCACAGGGAAACUGGAGAUGACAAGACCUACUCCAAGUCUAGACAUAACCCUACAGAAAGCCCUGGGAUAGGGUGAUAGUGUAAGAGGUCAGUGAGUACACUCAGUGGUGCCAGGGAUGAAGCUGCCACAAGCACAAGCCAGAGGAUAUAUCUGCUCACUCCUGGAGGCAAAGCUUCUCAGGCCGGAGUGGCUGUGGGAGACUGGGUGCUGAGCAUUGAUGGGGAGAACACAGGAAGCCUCACGCACAUUGAAGCCCAGAACAAGAUCCGUGCCUGUGGGGAACGCCUCAGCCUGGGUCUCAGCAGGGCCCAGCCAGUUCAGAGCAAACCGCAGAAGGUGCAGACCCCUGACAAGUCAACAGCCGCUCCGACCGCUGGUCCCCGAUGCCAGCAAGCAGCGGCUGAUGGAGAACACCGAGGACUGGCGGCCACGGCCAGGGACAGGCCAGUCCCGCUCCUUCCGCAUCCUUGCCCACCUCACGGGCACCGAGUUCAUGCAAGACCCGGAUGAGGAGCACCUGAAGAAGUCGAGAUCUUGCAGCCAGGUGUCCAGGACAGAAGCCCCAGUCCCAGCCUCAACUACAGCCCAGGAACCCUGGCCUGGCCCUACCACCCCCAGCCCCAGCAGCCGCCCACCCUGGGCUGUGGACCCUGCAUUUGCCGAGCGCUAUGCCCCGGACAAAACAAGCACCGUGCUGACCCGGCACAGCCAGCCAGCCACACCCACCCCUCUGCAGAACCGCACCUCCAUUGUGCAGGCUGCUGCUGGAGGAGGCCCAGGAGGGGGCAGCAACAACGGCAAGACUCCUGUGUGCCACCAGUGCCACAAGGUCAUCCGGGGCCGCUACCUGGUGGCACUGGGCCAUGCUUAUCACCCUGAGGAGUUUGUGUGCAGCCAGUGUGGGAAGGUCCUGGAGGAAGGCGGCUUCUUUGAGGAGAAGGGGGCUAUCUUUUGCCCUCCCUGCUAUGAUGUGCGCUACGCCCCCAGCUGUGCCAAGUGCAAGAAGAAGAUCACAGGCGAGAUCAUGCAUGCCCUGAAGAUGACCUGGCACGUGCAUUGCUUCACCUGUGCUGCCUGCAAGACGCCUAUCCGCAACAGGGCCUUCUACAUGGAGGAAGGGGCACCCUACUGCGAGCGAGACUAUGAGAAGAUGUUCGGCACCAAAUGCCGUGGAUGUGACUUCAAGAUUGAUGCUGGGGACCGCUUCCUAGAGGCUCUGGGCUUCAGCUGGCAUGACACAUGCUUCGUUUGUGCGAUAUGUCAGAUCAACCUGGAAGGAAAGACCUUCUACUCCAAGAAGGACAAGCCCCUUUGCAAGAGUCAUGCCUUCUCCCAUGUGUAAGCCCAGGACUCACCCAGCCUAAAGAGUGAGAAGUCUGGAGUCAUUGCCCCCAACAUUUCUGGGUAGGGCUGGCAAUGGUUGCCCCAACCCCAACUCCUGGCCAGAGCCUGGGGUUCCCUGGACCCUGUCCCAAUCUCUUCACUUACCCCAACACACUUCCUCCACCACCAUCACAUUACCGGUGCUGGCCACACUGGCCCCUGUUCACCUCCAGUGCCACAAUAAACCUGUAUCCAGCUGUGU